AGCUGCGAUCAUGGCGUUCUACUCCAAAUUCUUCUCGAGCUUUGGGAUUCUCCUUGUUCUCUCCUCUCAGUUCUUAAACCUAGUUGGUUCAGUCCAAUCAGAUGAACGGGAUUCUGUUUUAGUGUCAGCACCACAGGUUCCGGCAAUCCAGAGCAGGCAUGAAGACUACCAGCAUCUGCUGGAUUGCCAAUCAUGUGAUGACCCACAGCAACCGCAAAAGAUGAAGAGCAUGGAGGGGUCUUCUGACUUGAGAACAGAUAGUGUAGUCACUGAGCUGGGGAAGGUAGUGGCUGUCAAGCUCUCAACACAGUUCAACAAAAUCACUGGGCAAAACUACAGCAUAUGGAGAAGAGAAUUUGAUAACUCUCACUCUGAUUCUCUUUUGAGACACAUGAAAGAUCAGAUUAUAGUAGCUAGGGUGUAUCAUAACAUUGCUCGCUCCAAGAAAAUAUCAAAACUCACUGGUUUGCUGUCAAAGCAUAUUAAACAAAGUGAGCGCGAGGUUGGUGAAGCAAAUUCAGAUUUUGAACUGCACCCAAGUGCUUUUGCAAAGGCCAAAGAAAUGGAACUUGCUUUAAUGCUGGCUAAAAGAGAGAUACAUGACUGUAAUAAAGUAACAAGGCAGCUAAGGGCUAUGCUUGAGUCUUCAGAAGAGUUUAUUAGUGUUGAGAAGAAGAGAAGAUCUUUUUUACUUCAGCUCGCUUCAAAGACAAUAGCUAAACCUCUUCACUGUCUUCCCAUGCAGCUUACAACUGAUUACUUCUUGAAUGACCAUUAUGACAAAGAGCCAACGAACAUGGACAAACUUGUAGACCCUUCCUGCUAUCACUAUGCUAUAUUCUCAGAUAAUGUACUUGCGACAUCAGUGGUUGUUAACUCUACUAUAGCACAUGCCCGAGAUCCUAAUAAGCAUGUGUUUCAUAUAGUCACAAACAGACUGAACUUUGCAGCUAUGAAGAUGUGGUUCCUUAUCCAUCCUCUGCUUGCCACAGUGCAUGUGCAGAAUAUUGAUGAUUUCCACUGGUUUAAUUCAUCUUAUAGUCCAGUUCUUAACCAGCUUGAUUCUUUGAUCAGGAAUGAAGUAAAUUAUCCAGCUUUUCUUUCUUAUGGAAGAAAAUAUAUCAAAUAUAGGAACCCAAAGUACCUGUCUAUGCUUAAUCAUUUAAGGUUUUACCUGCCAGAGGUGUAUCCAAAGCUGGAUAAGAUUCUGUUUCUUGAUGAUGAUGUUGUGGUUCAAAAGGAUCUGACACCUCUCUGGUCAAUUGACAUGAAAGGUAUGGUAAAUGCUGCAGUAGAGAUCAACCACAGAUUUGAUGCAUAUCUUGACUUCUCAAAAUCAAUAGUCUCUGAGAACUUUGAUCCACAUGCUUAUGCAUGGGCUUUUGGGAUGAAUGUCUUUGACUUGAAGGAGUGGAAGAAAAGGAACCUCACUGGAGUAUAUCAUCUCUGGCAAGUUUUGAACAAAGACCAGAAUCUCUGGAAGCUUGGUUCACUGCCUCCAGGUUUGAUAACAUUCAACAAUCUCAUCCAUCCUUUGGACCAAACUUGGCACGUUCUGGGCCUUGGUUACAAUCCCAUUCUUAAUCUCUCCAAGAUUGAGGAGUCUGCAGUCAUUCACUACAAUGGGAAUUACAAACCAUGGUUGGAUCUCGCUAUCCCUAAGUACAAACCCUACUGGUCCAAGUUUAUUGACAUUGAUGACCAAUACAUUCAGUCAUGCAACUUCCACCUAUAACACUGCACAUACACAGAAAUUGGUAUAGCAUCUCAUUUGAUCUCUUUCAAUUGUGCUGUCAGCACUGUAUUCAAAACAAAUGGAAUGAAUGACUAAACCUUGCACUUCUACUGAUGAUCUGGCAUUCAAUUGCACCUCAUAUAUGAUUUCAAAUUAUUAUCUCCAGCCAUUGCUUUGUACUAUUUUCAGGUACUGCAAUCCUGUUCUCAAUUUACUGUCACAUUUUUUGGCGCACAUGAUAGCGUUUACUAUUUUCAGUAAGGCGAAGUCUUUAUUAGUGCUUGCAAAUAACGUGUGGAUUCAUCUAAAUAUUGUGUUUUGGUUUGAACUUGCAGCACCUAUCCAUUUAAAUGCUGAUAAAAGGUUCAGCAGCUGCCCUCUGUGUAAAGGUACACACUUCUCAGCACUUGUUUAAUAGCUAUGAUGAUGAAAAAAAUUUAUGAUAACAUUGAUUGAUGGAUCAUUUACGAAUGAAGCAUCACCAAUAAGCCUGACCAUCAUUUAACUCCACCGCUUUGGAUUGAAUGCUUCUUUGGCCAUCUUGAAGGUGCCUUUGUGAAUUUUUUAGUGACCACUUGCUAGGAAAUCAAUCAAUUCAUGCUGCCCAUUUCCUUAAACUAGGCCCACUCUCAAGCAUGUUUUCAAUUAGUAUUAAGACUAUGUCAUCCAUUGAGUUCAGAUUGAGUAGAGGAGAAAAAGAAAGUAAACCAUGUUUAAAGGUUUGCU